GUUGCAGUUUACGGGUCAGAAAACUUCUCUUCUUGACCAUUUUGCUUCAUAUUGUGUCCAUCUUUAUUCUACUUUUACAGGAGUUCAGACCGACUGUCAGUCGACCCACAAAGGAAUCAACAUUAUUGCGCCAAAACAUAUUAAUGCUCUGAGUGGAUCCUGUUUGCUAAUUCCAUGUAGCUUUACUGACCACAAGGAAAUGAAGGUUGACGGCAAAAGAAAACCAUCUGGAAUUUGGAUAAGAUCUACAGUCUGGGUUGCCAGUUAUCCACGUCUUGUGGUUUACAACAGCAGUUGGUCAAAAAACAAAUAUGAAAUGAAAAUGAUUGGAGAUCUGAGUGAGAAAAACUGCACAACUGUGUUUUCUAAUAUACAUCCAAGUCAUACAGACCGUUACUUCUUCAGUAUUGAGAAUGGGCUUCUCAGAUCGUUUGCUGUCUGUGAUCCUGUUCUUUUAAUAAUUAAAGAUUCUGCUUGGAGCCCCAGGAUUGAUAUCUCAGGUGUCGUGAAGGAGAAUAACUCUGUCACCGUAACGUGCUCAGCUCUCACUCCCUGUCCAUAUUCACCUCCUCAACUCGCCUUGAACCUCCAGCCAAACCCUCACAGACAGAUGGAGAGGAACACAGAUGGAACGUUUACAACUACAAUCCAGCAGAACAUCACUCUGUCAUACAUAUAUGAUGGAUUCAACAUCAUCUGCUCUGCCAGAUAUCCUGUAAAUGACAAGAAACCUGAUAAGGGAGCAAUGGCAAAAUUCACUCUCUUUUUUUCCUAUGCUCCCAAAGAAACCUCAGCAUCCAUCAGUUCAUCAGAAGACAACUGGGUGAAGCUGCAUUGCUCCUGCAGAGCCAAUCCUCCCGUCAGAGUCUUCACCUGGUUCAAGAACAGCACAAAUGGAGCCAUGAAAGUAGCUGAAGGAGAAAAUUAUGGAGUCCAGGUCACUGAGGAGGGAAUUUAUUACUGUGCGGCCACGAAUGAUGUUGGUAGUCAGACAUCUCCAGAGAUUCAUCUUUCUGUAAAACAAAAAGGUAAAUAGAGAAAUAUGGAAGGAUUGAUUGAGCCGACUCAUAAAGCCGUUGAAAGAAAAGGAGCUGAGAGUUCUCAAAUUGAGAUUACACUUAUUGUAGCAGUCGCUGUUGUCAUACUUAUCUGCCUGCUCAAAAUCGUCAUGUGGUUUGUAAAGGUCAAAAGUCCAACCCCACCACAGACUCCAGUUACUGACUAACUGGGCCUUGAUUUGUGGGCCAGUACCACUGAGGGAGCUGUUUAACAUGAGGAUCUAAACUUCUUGAUUAAACAUCUUCCUCCUUGCGUAGCAGCAGGCAGCAACAGAAGACGACGUACACACAGAUCUCUAAGAAAAAGCAACUCAGCAGAGUCUGACUGCCCAGAGGUCAUCAAAACAAGGGAAUAAACAGUGACCUCUUA